AUGCUUGCUAAGGGAAUUUCCGCUUUUGCACCAUGUGUAUGUCGUAUUUUGCAAGGCGCGCUUAAUGCCAUAGCCCACCCGACUCGUACGAUGGGUUUGGGGGUUUUGAGAAAAAGUCAAAUUCAAGCUUUAGUGCAAUUCGUGAGGGUAUUGUCAAUGAUGUAUGGUAAUAGCAUUAUGAUAACUAACCUAGCCGGCACGCCAGUUGUUGCUUCAGCUCAAUGCCAUUCCCCACAUAUGCCUUCUUGGGGUGGUGGAUAGAUUGUAGCAUUGUGCUGGCUGAUAACAAGAAACUUGAUUGAGCCCACCGGGACAAGAGUAACCGUUUCUCGUGCAACUCUAAUCUUGUGAGGAAGCGCAACUUGAAGCACCACGUUGUGUUCCGACCUCACUAAGGUCGUUCAGCCCCGGGGUCGGA